AGAACGUCAGCAACCGCUCAGGAGCGAGACACUGAGGAAUUAAUGCGCAUUUAACCAGCAACACAGUCCUGUUGGAAAUAUUCCGAAGACGAAAAAUGAGAGGCCUAGGACACUUUAUUGCACUUUUAUUUUUUCCAAUGGCAUUUGGUGUGGAUUUCCAUGUGGAUCCCGGAUCCUCUAACGCGCACCCGCUGUAUGCGAAGUCUCCGGUAUCCGUCAGAAGUCUGCUCGGGACGGGAUCGGAUGCAGAUUUUUCUCGGGUUCACCAUCGCAUCCAUAAAAGAAGCACCGACCGUGGCUCAGACUCAUGUAAUGGGUUAACGUUAGAAGGAUAUGAGAGCAAGUUAACUAGCAAUACGCACAACUGGACAUUUCAAGAUAUUAGUGGAUCUGUGUCUUUGGCCUGGGUUGGGGAUGGAACUGGGGUAGUCCUGGCUUUGACAACAUUUCAGAUGCCAUUAGUCUUUCUGCGAUUUGGACAGUCCAAACUGUACAGGAGUGAAAACUAUGGCAAGUCAUUUGAGGAUGUCUCAGAACUCAUCAAUAACACCUUCAUCAAUACUGACUUUGGGAUUGCUAUUGGUCCGGAAAACUCUGGCAAGGUGAUUCUCACGGGAGAUGCUUCGGGAGGCAGUGGUGCCAGAAUUUUCCGUUCAAGAGACUUUGGCAAGAGUUUCGUCCACACAGAGCUGCCCUUUCACCCACUAAUGCAGAUAAUGUACAACCCUCAAACUACUGAUGUGCUUGCGGCUAUCAGCACCAAGCAUGACCUCUGGAUCUCGAAAGACUUUGGCACAACAUGGACAAAAAUUCAUGAGAUGGUGUGCGUGGUGAAAUGGGGAAUAGAUGCUCUGUUCUUCUCAACCAACCUUAACGGAUCUUGUUUUGAUAAAGGGAUGCUGGUGCUGAGAAAGUCAGUUGACCUUGGCGCUAAUAUAAAGACGGUUGCAGAGAGGAUCUACUCCUUCGGGAUUGGUGGACGUUUUCUGUUUGCUUCAGUUAUGGCAGCAUCAGGAAACAUAAUACCGUCGGCAUCAGAGGAAAUCAUGCGUGCGAUACAUGUGUCAGUAGACCUUGGUGAGACAUGGAACAUGGCACAACUUCCUCCUGUCAGUCACGAGCAGUUUUACUCAAUACUGGCAGCCAAUGAUGACAUGGUCUUUAUGCAUGUGGAUGAACCAGGAGACACAGGCAUUGGCACCAUCUAUGUGUCAGAUGACAGAGGCACAGUCUAUUCCAAGUCUCUAGAACGCCAUCUGUACACUGGAGGAGAGACAGACUUCACCAACGUCACUUCCCUCAGAGGAGUCUACACUACUAGUGUGCUAGCUGAGGAUAACUCUGUACAGACAGUAAUAACGUUUGACCAGGGAGGAGAGUGGGUUCCUUUGAAGAAACCAGAAAACACCAAGUGUGAUUCCACAGCCAAAGAUGCAGAAAUGUGUAGUCUGCAUAUUCAUGCUUCAUACAGUACCUCCAUGAAGGUCAACGUACCCAUGCCACCUCUCAGUGAACCCAAUGCUGUUGGACUUAUCUUGGCUCAUGGCAGCGUAGGGGACGCCAUCUCCAUGCAGACGCCUGAUGUGUAUGUGUCUGAUGAUGGAGGCUACACCUGGCUGCAGGCUCUAAAGGGGCCACAUCACUAUGCCAUCCUGGAUUCUGGAGGCCUGCUGGUGGCCGUGGAGCACAACCAGGCCAAACCCAUCUCCGAGAUUAAGUUCUCCACCGAUGAGGGCCAAUGCUGGCAUGUUCACACGUUCACCCAGACGCCGAUGUACUUCACAGGCUUGGCCUCUGAGCCUGGUGCCCGCUCAGUGAACGUCAGUCUCUGGGGUUAUGAAGACGCUAUGAUCAGCCACUGGGUCACCUACACUAUUGACUUUAAAGACCUGCUAAAACGAAAUUGCGAGAGUGAUGAUUAUGUUCAAUGGCUGGCACACUCUGAUGACAUCAGCGACCCAGAAGACGGUUGCAUGCUGGGCUACAAAGAGCGUUUCCUGCGGGUGAGGAAGGACUCUGUUUGCUGGAUUGGACGGGAAUAUGUAGUUAACAAACAGCCCACGCCGUGUGUCUGCACACUUGAUGACUUCCUGUGUGACUUUGGAUACUACCGUAAAGAAAAGAGCUCUGAGUGUAUAGAACAGGCUGAACUCAAAGGCCAUGAUCUGGAGAUCUGCAUUCAUGGGAAGAAAGAGCAGCUCCAGACCAGUGGAUACCGAAAGAUUCCAGGUGAUAAGUGUGAAGGAGGGAAACAACCAGAAAGAAAGGUGAUCGACCUGAGCAAGAGAUGCGUCAGUGACCUGCUUGACCCCCAGCCGCUGAAUAAUCCACAGUCAGAGCAAUCCACCUCUCACACGGCUCCUAUCAUUGCCAUGGUCAUCGCCAUCCUGCUGACCGGUCUAGUGUUUGGGGCACUGUUCGUAAAGAAAUACGUCUGCGGUGGAAGGUUCCUGGUCCACAGAUACUCAGUCUUACAACACAAUGUGGAAGCCAAUGGUGUUGAUGAACCGCUGGAGACAGAUGUGGUUGGAGCACCGAAGAAUGACUUCCAUGAUGAUUCAGAUGAGGACCUGCUGGAGUAAAGCUGAGCAGAAGGAGCUCCAUUUGCUGUCAUCCAGGCAUUACUGCUGCUGUCUCUCUUCUUAAAGCACAAGCCAGCUGUCAGUCAGCUUUUUCAAACCUUACCUACCAGCUAAUGUUAUGCACUUCCUGCUUCUCCAUCAAUCCGAGUGGACACGGUUGCUUCUCCACCAAUAGGAGGUGCUGUUCUCACAACUAAAGACUCUCUUGAAUGUAGCUUUGCUGAAGAAGCGUUUAAAAUGCGGUUAAUGGUGUUUUAAUUCUAUCUUCGGGCGUUUUAAGGACUGUUGAUGGGAUACUUUGUAAAAUACUUGUUUUUCUUUUCAUGUACAGAUUCCUUUAUGUCAAAACUGGACGUUUAGUUGAUCAAUUUUGAAAUGGAUUAAGCAUACGUUUGAUUUAGCAACAGGAGGCAUGAUAUCAAUCAUAUCAAAGAGGUUUAUUUAAAAUACUGUGCUACUGAACCCAUCAGUAAAAUGUGAUCUGCUUUCAAAGCUUUACUAACAUUCACUGAUAUGAAUAUAGCAAUAAACGGCAACAGAUUUGGCUUCAGAACAAACAAAAUGGAGGAGUGUUCAUCGUUUAAGAUUUCCGAACAUUAUUUACAUCAGUGUUUCUCAAUCACUUUCCUGGAGGAUCACCAGCUCUGCACAUUUUCCAUGUCUCCUUAACCAAACACACCCGAUUCAGAUCAUCAGCUCAUUAGCAGAGACUGAAAGACCUGAAAUGGGUGUGACAAACAAAGGAGACAUCCAAAUCAUGCAGUGUUGGUGGUCCUCCAGGAACGUGGUUGGGAAACACUGCUUUACAUGAUACUGUGUAGCUGUUUUUGAUACAAAAAUCUGUAUCUAAUAUUAUCGACAUUAUACACCUUGUGAUAAUUUGUAAAUAAGUCACACUUCAAGCCAUUUCUGCGAGGGUUAGGUCAAAUUUUGUAACGAUAACUAUUUUUAUGAACUAAGCAAUGACGCAGAUGCAUGUAAAAUAGGACUAGAGUUGUAGUUUGUGUACAACCUUGCACAUUUUGCCCAAAUCAAAUUUUGUAGUUUUCUUGGCUCUCGACGUUUGUGCUGUUUUUGUGGUUCUUGACUGCAGGAAAGUCCCAUGUCAUUAAGCAGAAAAGGUGUGACUUUUUUUUUUCUUUUUUAAACCGCCUGACACUUGACUAGGUGUUUGCGUGACAAACCAUUAGUCGCAAUAAUUUAGCAUGUGUUCAUUAUUUCCAAACAUCAGUGAGAACAGACCCAGUGGUCGGAACUCUUUGACCAUGCCAUUUAACAAGAUUCAAAUGCAAUAGAAAGCAGUUUAGCACCUUUCCGCUUGUACUUCCUGUUUAACGUCUGAUGCAGUGAGUUUUCUUUUAAGUAUCUACACUUCAUUUCUAGCCAAAUUUCUAGCAGUUGUUUACUUAUCUAUACCAAUCCUAAUGGAAAGUCUCAUAUUUUCAUAGAGGAAGACAAUCUCCUUUGCAAAUACUCAUAUGAUGUUUAAGAGGUAUAAAAAUUCUAGUUUGUGUUUUGAUUCAAGUGCCUAGCAUGAAGGCAUAGCUUGUGCCUUUCAAUAAAAUGUAAAUCUCAUCAUCUAUAAUUCUAAAACAAGAGGAAAGAAGUACCACAGUUCAAAAACAUGAGUUCAUAUUUCAGUACUUUUACUUUUUAUAAAACAGAAUAAUAGUAAAUGAGCCUCUAAUAUUGUAUUCCUCCCAUUUAAUUGCAAAUUGGACAGUUUAGGUUGUUCUCCAUGCUUAAUAAAAAUAAAAAUAAUCUGGAUAUGACAAGUAGACGCAAUGCAAAUGAAGUUAAUUCUAUUGUGACACUGAUGUUAUUUAUGAGAGGUGGAACACUUCUUCAAUGUACAUAGUAGUUGUGAAGCUCUGUACAUAUAUAGCAAUUCCCACUUUGUAUCUGUUAUUUUCUUUGCUCUGUAUAUUUGGAAAAGAACUGUUAGUUUGAGAAAUAAAUUGAUUUGUCCUGUUGA